GGUCAAAGCCUGCAAACUAGAUAUGACCAGGCUGGAAGACCAGCUAAAACUAGACAAACAUUUUAGGCUGGUGUUUUUUCUCAACAGGCUUUUGAGACCCAAUCUCUCAAAAGAGUUGAUUCCCAAUGCUGUUAUGCCAAAAAAUGCCUAGUUAAGCAACGUUAAGCUGAGCUGAAUGACAUGCCUAUAAUGUCCAAAAAUACUCUGUAGUUUGGCAGCUCACUAGGCUUUGAGGAACUGAGACGACUCUUUGAGUACGAGGUCUGAAAAAACAUCACCGUUUGUUCUGGCCUCUAUCACCAUUGCACUUCAAUAGGGCACUUGACCCCUGGGUUUCUCCGAGGAGGCUGACUGUCCCUCCAGCUAUAGCGAAGCCAAGCGAGGCAAUAUUUUGCAAACCAAUAAGUCACAAGGUGGGCAUCAUCUCACUACUAGUGACUCCAUCAUCUGAUGAUGCUGGACCCCAGUCGCAACUCCGAAACAGUACGGAAACAGCGCUGUCCGGGAAAUCCCGAUCGCCAUCUACCCCUCCACCCCCCUUUACUAAUGUUACCGCACCUCCAACCUUCCCUCCCCCAGCCAGAGGAGUAGAAACAACAAGCCGCCAUUUUGUUUGUGCGGAGAGAGUGAAGGAGGCAGGAGCGACCGAAAAAAAGCCACUCGAGCGCCGACCACUGCGACUCUGAGCGCCGCCGGCUCCGGUUCGCGGAUCCAGACCGGAUAAAACACAAGCCCGGCGAUUAGCGGAGGCGACGGAGGGAGAUUAUAGAUUCUCCCGUGUGCAAAUCAAAGAGCAGACUGGGUUUUCCUUUCUUUUGCUGUUCUUUUUUUAAACGAAGCAGAGAGGCGGAAGAGGGCAAUACAUUUAAACGAAGGGAAGCUCGUCAGGGGAAAAGGAAAAUAACAGCGUCACGAAGUGGGAAUAUCUGUGAAAUUACAUCGCCGGUUGCUGGCGGACGACGGCGAAAGUGGGGAAAUUUGCAGGAACUGUGCAAGAGAAGGGAGAAAUUUAAAAGGGAUGAACGCGCAGGGGGGUUCACGGCAUCACAAAGCCUAUGAAAGGGGUUUGAGGACCCCCAGAUUUUGGGGGGUGCAGCUGGCAAUAUCACCCGGAUCGGCAGAUGCUUCAGACCCGAAAUAUUAUUGAAGCCCAGCUCGGUUCUGUUUUCGACCCAUUACUGGCUGUUACUCUCGCUCUUUCUUAAUGCUCCGCAAGGCUCUUCGUGCAGUGACAAAUUAUUCUUAUUUGCUUGAUGUGUCAGUGCAUUGAAAUACACGCAUAUGCAUUGACCAACUUCACUUGAUUCCCAUUCUUUAGCUCGAGCACAGCGGAUUGCGAGACAAUAUCUUGCACUUCAGACCGAUUGCAUGCAUGUUCUGUCCAUUAGACGGACACUUUUGAAAUCAUUUCUUUGCAUGCACGAGCUGUGCGCAGUGCAGGGUGGUCUCGUGAAGCGAUGGUCAGAGGUUUUCUGCAAACACUUUUAACUCGUGCAGUGGACACGUUCACACAGAGGGCGCACGAGCCAUAUUCAGAUGCGAAUGCACAAUAAACCAUUUGACUUGUCACUUUGAAGUGUUGUUGCAAAAUGCUAAGACAUGGACACUGAAAUAUGCAAGUUGUUUGGAAUCAUCUAAAGUGGUAGCUCGUGCAUGCAAACUGAAGUUGGAUGCACAUUCAUCGCGUUAUUUAUUCUGCAAAGAGUACUGUCUUAUUAAGGAUGAAAGGAAACUUUUACAUGCAUAUGACUGUUUAAUGAUAUUUCCAGUAUUUAUUUGUUCUCUCCAUUCAUCUUAAUUACUUGGAAGGAAAUAAAGACAUCGAUGAAGGAGAUUCAAACAUCUGUCAAUUUUAAGGAGCACGAUGGACUUUCAGUCUUCUAAAUAAAGUGAUGCAGGCUGAGAAUUGCACAUGCUACAAUGCAAAGACAGACACUAUUCUGAAUCAUAGCGUUCGCUCAUAAGCAUUGCAUGAAGCCGCACCGGAGCGAGUUCGGUUUCUCGUACACAACGCCUUAAAAAAAAAACCUAACACUUCAGCUCGCCGCCGACAAUGGCGGAAAAGACGGAUGCAAGCAGCGAGGAUAAAUCUCGGGAAAAUUGCUCAGUCGCCGAGGAGGCUACGUGAGUUUGCGGCGAGCUUGCAUGACCGUCUGUCCCUCCCUUCACCUCCUCCAUUCGGAAAUAUACUUUGAGGAACUAAAGACUAGAAAAUCUUAAAAGGGAGCUUUAAAGGUGGACUGAACAUUGAAGCUUUGCAUUGCAUUGCAUGCAUGUUUCGUCCCAUGAAAGGGAAACGGGAAUCCGUCCGGUGCUCGUGAACGAGGAGAGAUUUCAUUUGCACAUCGGCUAGCGACUGCACAGGAAGGGCUAUCCUACGCGGGAUAUAUGCUUUAACACUAAACCGGAGGAAAACUAUGGCCGAUAAUGUGCUGGAAUCCGGCCCGCCUUCAGCUAAGAGGCCUAAAUUGUCUUCUCCGGCUCUGUCGGUCUCCGCGAGCGAUGGAAACGAUUUUGGCUCCCUGUUUGACCUGGAGCAUGACCUCCCGGACGAGCUCAUUAACUCCUCCGACCUGGGCUUUCCUAACGGGAUGGACCCCGGCCAGUUGCACAACACUCUGGGUGGAGGAGGGAUGUUGGGCCCUCUGGGCGGCUCGGGCCAGGACACAGCGGCCAAACACAAGCACCUGUCUGAGCUCCUCCGCCCUGGUGCCCCUCCAUCCACCUCCACGGCCACCAGCAACCCCGGUAACGCGCCCUCCUUGGGGAUGAUGGGAGGUCUGAGUGGCAACCCGGUUACUCAGGGACUGGGUGGCCCUCAACAGCAGCAGCCUGGCAUGAUGCCGCAGCCUGGCAUGGUGGCGGGACUGAACCGGGGCAUGAUGGGCGCCCAGAAAGGGAACGGACAGCCGCAGGGCAUGAUGGGAGGGCAGAUGAUGAAUGGUGCGCCUAGAAUGGGCUACGCCAAUGUGAACAUGAAUGCGGGCAUGGUUGGUAAUGGGAACAUGCUGCCCGAUGCUCUGCAGCAGCAGAACGCAGGGCAGCAGAUGGCACAGGCAGCAAUGAGACCGCAGCAACCAGGAGCAGUGAACAAGAUGGGAAUGAUGGGUGCUCCAGGCCCCUACAGUAGUUCAUAUGGUCAGUGCGGAGGACAGUCCCUUGGGCCUCAGCUCCAAAACAAAGCGGGACAACCCAACAGCAUUAACCAGUUCAACAUGGACAAGAAACCUCAGCAUGGGCAGAACAUGGGUGGCAUGCAGAGCUCAGGUGUGGUGGGUGGCGUAUCGGGCCCAGGCGGGGCGGCGGCGCCCCCUGCAGCGGACCUGGAGAAGCGUAAACUCAUUCAGCAGCAGCUGGUGCUGUUACUGCAUGCUCACAAGUGCCAUCGCAGAGAGCAGGCCAACGGAGAGGUCCGCCAGUGCAGCCUGCCCCACUGCAGAACCAUGAAGAACGUCCUUAAUCACAUGACGCACUGUCAGGCCGGAAAAUCCUGCCAGGUGGCUCACUGCGCGUCCUCCAGGCAGAUCAUCUCUCACUGGAAGAACUGCACACGGCAUGACUGUCCCGUCUGUCUGCCGCUUAAAAGCGCUGGAGACAAAAGAAACCAGCAGUCUCUGCUGGGAGGUGCUGGGAUGGGCAUGGGUGGUCCGUUAGGUGGGUCAUUACCCGGUGGUCAGCCUUCAGCCCCAAACUUAAACUCACCCAGUCAGAUUGACCCAAGCUCCAUUGAAAGGGCGUACGCUGCCCUUGGACUCACCUACCAGGGCAACCAGGCAUCCAAUCAGAAUCAGCAGACCUCUGUACCAGCUCAACCCGGCAUGAGGACGCUCAACAAUAUAGGUGGGAAUUCAAUGGGAGUGAACGGUGGAGUUGGCACUCCGAUGACGAACCAGCAUCCAGGAAUGCUGCCUGACGGCAUGCUGCACAGGAACAUGACGCCUCAGAGUCUGAUGAAUGAUGGCUCUGGUGUUGGUAACAUGGGUUCUGCAGCAACAGCCACACCUCCCUCUGCAGGAAUGAGGAAGAACUGGCAUGAAGACAUCACACAGGACCUCCGCAAUCACCUCGUACACAAACUUGUGCAAGCUAUCUUCCCCACUCCAGACCCUGCAGCACUGAAGGAUCGGCGGAUGGAAAACCUUGUAGCUUAUGCUCGCAAAGUGGAGGGCGACAUGUAUGAAUCUGCCAACAGCAGGGCGGAGUAUUACCACUUGUUGGCGGAGAAGAUUUAUAAGAUUCAGAAAGAGCUGGAGGAGAAGAGGAGAACCAGACUGCAGAAGCAGGGUAUGAUGCCAGCUCAGCCUGGCAUGCCCAACAGUGCUCUACCUAAAGCACCAGCUGGCAUGAAUCAGGCACAGCCGCCUAAUGGUCCCCAUUCAGAUCCGUCCCUAGUUCAAGCCACUGGACCCAAUCAGAUGGUCAACCGUAUGCAGAAUCCUGCUGGUAUGGCACACUCACUAAAUGGUAUGAAUCAGUUUGCCCAGGUGGGGAUGCAACAGCCAAUGGGACAAAGGGCAACGCCGCCCCUGCCAAUGGGAGCAAACCUCAAUCAGAUGGGUAUGCAGGGGACACCUCGAAUGACUCAACCCAACGUACCCCAGUUACAAAACCAGUACAUGCAGAACCAGUUUCCAGGCAAGGGUGCCGGACUGGGCCAGGGUGCAGUUGGCCUGAACCAACCUGCAGGGCAUGGAGCCAUGUCACAGAAUCAGAUGCCCACUCCACCAUCGCUGGCAGUCCGUAGUCCAGUAGCUCAAACCCAGGCAGCAGUCUCAGGCUCCACAGCCGCUGCUGGCCCUCAGGGGCCUCCGUCCAACCAGCCCCCACCUGCCCCACAGCCCGGACUGCACGCGCCCUGUCCUCCCUUACGCCAAAACUCCCCUUCUCCUGCACGCAGCCUCACCCCUACCCCUGCCCCACACCAAACGCCCCCGCAGUUGCCUGGUAACCAGACCCCCCAGCCCCACACCCCCACUUCUUCGACCACUAUGGCCCAACCCGCAACACAGCUGCCCCCGAUGGCACAGGGGGUGGGCUCAGAAAAAGCCAGUCCGCUACAGCAGCAGUCGCACGGGGGCGGAGCCGCUGGAGGUCCCCAAACAGGGCUAGCGUCAUCUGUGCCUUCCCAGAAUGCACACGGGCUUUGUGCACACCCACACACUCCUCUAUCCCAGAAGUCAUCUCUUACAGCGGACGGUCAGGCCUCAACUCCUGCCUCGGACAGCAGUGCUGACCCAAGCUCGCAGCUGACAUCAUCCGAGUCCACCGCCCCACUUGACCCCAAAACAGAGGUCGAACAGCAGGAAGAAGAGGAUGAGAAUGAGAUGGAGGAUAAGGCCUCAGGGAAAAUGGCUGCCAUGCAGACUGAGAUUAAGACUGAAGAGAAACCAGAGAAGGAGGAGCCUGCAGGCGAUGAAUGUAAGACAGAGCCAAUGGAAACAUCAACUGGGUCGACAGCCGAGGACAAGAAGCCGGAGGUCAAAACCGAACCCAAAGAGGAAGAGGCUGCGGGAACGAACAGCACUCCCGCAAACACACAAAGCAAGAAGAAAGUCUUUAAACCCGACGAGCUCCGCCAGGCUUUAAUGCCCACUCUGGAAGCUCUGUACAGACAGGACCCAGAGUCGCUGCCCUUCCGGCAGCCGGUGGACCCCCAGUUACUGGGAAUACCCGUACGUAUUCGAACUAGUAACAAAACUAACCUGGACUACUUUGAUAUAGUGAAAAACCCCAUGGACUUGUCCACUAUCAAGCGUAAGCUGGACACGGGUCAGUACCAGGAGCCCUGGCAGUACGUGGACGACGUGUGGCUGAUGUUCAAUAACGCCUGGCUGUAUAACAGGAAGACGUCACGGGUGUAUAAAUACUGCUCAAAACUGGCUGAGGUGUUUGAACAGGAAAUAGACCCCAUCAUGCAGGAGUUGGGCUACUGCUGUGGAAGGAAGUUGGAGUUUUCUCCUCAAACUCUGUGCUGCUAUGGCAAACAGCUGUGUACCAUCCCUCGAGACGCUGCGUACUUCAGUUACCAGAACAGUUCACCCAAAUAUGGGCUUCUUGCUGACAGGUACCACUUCUGUGAGAAGUGUUUCAAUGAAAUCCAGGGGGAGAAUGUAUCCCUGGGGGACGAUCCAACCCAGCCUCAAACGUCCAUCAAUAAAGAUCAGUUUCAAAGGAAAAAGAAUGACACCCUCGACCCUGAACUACUGUUGGAAUGUGGUGAUUGUGGUCGAAAAAUGCAUCAGAUAUGCGCUCUGCACAAUGAGACGAUAUGGCCGUCGGGGUUUGUUUGUGACGGCUGUCUGAAAAAGGCCAGUGCAACAAGGAAGGAGAAUAAAUACUCUGCAAAGAGACUUCCUCAGACAAAGCUUGGUAACUUCCUGGAGACACGAGUGAACGAGUACCUGAAGCGCCAGAGUCAUCCAGAAACCGGUGAUGUCACCAUCCGUGUGGUUCAUGUCUCUGAUAAAGUGGUGGAGGUCAAACCUGGCAUGAAGUCCAGGUUUGUUGAUAGCGGAGAGAUGUCAGAGUCAUUCCCAUACAGGACAAAAGCUCUGUUUGCAUUUGAAGAUAUUGAUGGGACAGAUGUCUGCUUCUUUGGAAUGCAUGUGCAAGAAUACAGCUCCGACUGCCCUCCACCCAAUCAAAGACGUGUGUACAUCUCCUACCUUGACAGCGUGCACUUUUUCCAACCCCGUCACCUGAGAACCGGAGUCUAUCAUGAGAUCCUGAUUGGAUACUUGGAGUAUGUUAAAAAAAUGGGGUUUGUCACUGGCCACAUCUGGGCUUGUCCUCCAAGUGAAGGUGACGACUACAUCUUCCACUGCCAUCCAUCGGAUCAGAAGAUUCCCAAACCUAAACGCCUACAAGAAUGGUACAAGAAGAUGCUUGACAAAGCAGUAGCUGAGAGAAUUAUACACGACUACAAGGACAUUUUUAAGCAGGCAACAGAGGAUCGUCUGACCAGUGCGAAGGAGCUCCCAUAUUUUGAGGGUGAUUUCUGGCCUAAUGUGUUGGAGGAGAGCAUUAAAGAGCUGGAACAGGAGGAGGAAGAACGGAAGAGAGAGGAAAACAACACCUCUAGUGAGAGCAUUGACGUGAGUGAUUGACUCAGAUUUGUAACCAUUUUGUACUGGGGGAAAAACAUACUCAAGUGCCAAAGGAAAACAUUUGUUGUGUAAGCUAAGUGACUUUAAAAAGUGCUUCUAGAAAAACUGAACACAUCCUUUGGGCUUUUAGACAGCUACUGUGCUUUCUUGUUUCUGACUUGAUGGUAAAAUUAAUUCUAGUGCAGCUGCUUUAAUAUGUAUUCUUAAAAUCUAAUUAUUAUAACGUAAUGCUUAAGAUCAAUGUUUUUUGACUGUCUA